AUGGCUCUUAUUUUGAGGUAUGUUGAUAGGAAUGGUGAAGUUGUAGAACGAUUUAUCGGUCUUAUCCAUGUUAGUGAUACAUCGGCAUGCUCAUUGAAGAAAGAAAUUUAUUCUCUGCUUUUCGAUCACUCACUAAGUCCAUUCAAAAUACGUGGACAAGGAUCUUUUAAGCAUAGAGAUUUACUUCGUCAUUACCAAGCCAAAAAUUUGAAGCAAUUACUUGAGUCCGGUGAAGCUCAUACCGGACAAGGAUUACAUCAAGAAUGUGAGCUUCAAAGACCGGGUGAUACUCGCUGGGGAUCACAUUUCAAAACAUUGGAUAGCUUUCUUGUUAUUUUCUCAUUUAUUGUUCAUGUGCUUGGGGUGAUUGAAAUUGAAGAGCUUAAUGAUCCUUUUGAUGUAGUGAGUAGUGAUUUGCUUCUUGGGAUGGGCAGCUUGAAUCCUUUCAAUUCUUUCUCUAACUUUGACAAAGAUAGAAUCAUGACUUUAGCGAAGUGUUAUCCAAAUGAGUUUGAUGAUGGAAAGCUUCGAGAUUUGAGUUAUCAACUUGAUACUUUCAUAAUUCACAUGCGAGGUGGUGAUUUCAAAUUCUCCAAAUUGCAAGGAAUUCGUGAUUUGACAAAGACAUUGGUUGAGGCAAAUCUUGUGGAGACUUAUUCAUUUGUUUAUUUACUUGUGAAGUUGACUCUAAUUUUACCCGUUGCUACCGCAACUGCGGAAAGAGCAUUUUCUUUCAUAAAAUCCAUAAAAAAUGAAGUGCGAAAUAGUAUUGAUGAUCAAUAUUUAAAUGAUUGUUUAGUAUGUUACAUAGAACGUGAUGUAUUUGCAAAUGUAAGUAAUGAUGUUAUUGUUGAUCGUUUUCAGAAUAUGAAAACCCGUCGUUGA